AACACCUGCGCCAAAGCGCACAGCAAUUUACAAGUCUGCCGUCUGUUUCGGUCCUGUCCGAAUGUUAAUGAGAGUUUUACAUAUUUUAGGUAUAACUCGUUUGCUCCAUUUUCGUGUUAUAGCUGCUGUCUUAGCCGUAGCAGUUGUGCUAUGCCUAUCCUGGAAUUUUAAAUUUAAAACGCCCACCACUUUUACAGCAGGUAAGGGAGUAAGGCUAACUAGAGACUAGCUAAGCUAGCAGCUAACGUAUAUAGCGACUUUUCCAGAAGCUGCCUGUAUUUUUUCAACAAAUUAAAUGUUAUAAAAGUCUUAUACAAUGUCCGGAUAUUGUCGAUAACAUGAAGCAGAAAAACUUGUGGAAAAUGAACCAUUCACCAUUUUACAGACUCAAUGAGUGACCGGACGCUGGAAUAUUUUGUCAGUGAGGGGAAGAUGGAGGAGCGGGAUGCUGCGGAUGUGGACUGGUCUCACGCAGCCAACAGCAGGGCGAAGAUUGCUGCGGCGCUGACAGGUCCUGCCCACAUGAUUGAGGCUGACGUAUUGAUGAGGGGACGUGACCCCAGAGAACCAAUCAUGGCUCACCCCCCAGAGACUGACAGUGACAUCACACUGCAUGAUUGGCUGAAGCAGGUUGCAGCCUCCGACAAAGGGAUCAAACUAGAUUUCAAAAGUCUCCAGGCUGUGGCUCCCUCCAUGGUGUUGCUACAACAAGUCCAGCUUCGCGGCCCGGUGUGGAUCAACGCUGACAUCCUCCCCGGGCCCGGGGGACAGGCCCCCCCCCUGGACCCCCAGGCCUUCCUGGAUGCUCUGGGCUCUGGAUCGCAAGACUAUGUCCUCUCACUGGGCUGGACCACAGGCUGGGUGGCUGAUACAGAUAACCCAGGGUACAGCUGGGAGAUGGUGCGCCGCAUGGAAGAGGUGUGUGGGGACCUCAAGCAGCCGAUCACCUUCCCUGUGAGGGCUGCCCUCUUGCCCCAGUCUGCCUCCCAGCUGCACUGGCUCCUGCAGAAGUCAGACAGGUACAGUCUCACAGUGUGGACAGGCCAGACUGAUGUGAUACAAGUCAACACUUUACUCACCUACAGGAAGAAGUUUGAGAAGAGCCAGAUAUACUACGACCUUCUGGAUUCUCAAAGGUCAGAGUUCAGGGCAUUGCCAGGCUACUCCUAAUAAUCCCAUUUCGUAGAGGAAAGACUGAAAUUACCGUUGCUAAGAGAAAUACUCUGAGAAGACUGGUUGUCAACAGACUUGACGCGACCGAGCCGACAGUGUCUAUAGAGAAAAAUGAGUCACAGCCUCCAGGGCCACUGGAGAAGCACAUUCAGGCUAUGUAGGACAGUGAUGUUGCUAUUAGCAACUCCUGUGUUACAGCCCCACAGUCACAAUGAGGGAGAAUGUUUCCAUUUAAAAAAGAUGUUUCACCUUGAAAAGUUUGGUCAAACAAAUUCAGUUUAUUAAAGCAACGAUGCACAAAAGGAAGGUUCUGUUGUUACAGCUGAUGAGAGUUAUAUCACAGCUAGCAUCAUGUAUGGUUCAGCUCUAGGUGAAAAACUAACAUUUUUCUGUACUAUUAUAAUAUUAUACUUAAUAAUAAUUAAUAAGACUUUGGAAGUGUGCAUUGUUUUUGUCACGAAUGCUGUUUGAUGUUCUGUAUAUCCACCACAUACAUCUGCAUUUCAGAGUAAACCAUGCAACACCCAACAGCUGUGCAUCUCCAACUGUAAAACCACUAAUAUUUCAAUGGCACGUUUUAACAGAAUAUCUAU